AUGGUUGAUUCAAAUUAGAGGAAGUAUCGCUGCUGCCACCUACAGGAUUGUAUUGAAAACUACACGCGGGCGGAAGUUGCGUCAAGUUUGUCGUUAGCAUGUUAUGCUAGUUAGCUUCCUUGCUAAUGAGAUACACGUUUCCUUUCCUGCUCGCACUUCUGUUUUGAUUUUUUUCUCAGUUACAAGAAAGAAGCGAUUGUGAUAUCUAUCUAAAUUUAAUUUAAUUGAUAAGUUUAUCAGUAAAUAAGAAGUAAUAUGCCUUUACAGGUCCAACAGUGAAGUUACUUUUAAUAGGAAUGCUUUAAACAUCACAAGUUACAUAAAACAGCUACCCCAAAGUCUGUGACCUGGAGAAAAGCUAAACUGAUAAAACUCCCUUAAUCUCCAGCAUCAUCAGUUUUUCCCGUUACUGUGUUCAAAAUUAGAAAUGGACCGCCACAGAUCUCGCAGUCCAAACUCCAGCUACCAUCACAAGUCAGCCUACAGACAAGAACGAGGCGACAGCAGAAGAAAUCACAGUGACAGCACACGCUUCAGACCCACCAACCACCACCAGCAUCAGUCUGGAUCAUUACCACUGAGCUCUCAGACUUUGAGCACUAGAAGGGAGCUUUAUGAGAGAGACUUUCCUUUGUAUAAACAGCCCGUGGAGGUGGGAUGUUUCUCCCUCGAUGCUCAGCGCAGAUUUUUCAAUGACAGCAGACAGUUGAGAUACUAUGUGGAACCUGACAGACAUCCUAAUUUUGACUUGAAAGACGGAUACAAAGACCGCUACAUAAAGAGAGAUGAAAAUGUAAAGGAGAAGCUGGACCAUAUUCUGCGAUGGAUUGUAGCUAACAGAUCAGAGCUUAAAUUAAGGGAGACCGCAGGCUCAUCGUGUGCUUUAGAUGCCCACUUUGUGACAUGGCGGGGUCAUCUGACCAAGCUGCUGACCACUCCUUAUGAGACAAAGGAAGGAUGGCUGCUAGCAGUCACCAAAUUCAAUGGCACACUUUACAUCAGUGAGGUGGAAACAGAAGCUGCUCGCAGGGAACGGGAAAACCGGCCGGAGAGGAACCAAGAGAUGAUGUACUGGGGAUACAAGUUUGAACAGUACACAUGUGCAGAUACCGCCCACAGUUUACCUGAUGCUAGUGGAGUGGUUAACACCAAUGAGGCCUUUUGUACUGUGGUUCAGACUCGACUCGCAGAUCACAAACUUCUCUUCUCUGGCGAGGUGGAUGGUCGGGAUAAAGAUCCCAACGCGCCACCUCCUCCAGCCUGCUACGUGGAGCUGAAGACCUCUGUGGAGAUCUGCACACCCAAACAACGCAGCAAUUUCCACAGGUUCAAACUACUUAAAUGGUGGGCUCAGUCUUUCCUCCCUGGAGUCCCUCGUGUUGUGGCAGGUUUCAAGGAUCAUGACGGAGUUGUUGUUUCUGUGGAGACUUUUCCCGUCUCAAAGAUGUCACAACUCAUCAAGAAUGAAGAGAACUGCUGGAAGCCGACAGUUUGUAUGAACUUCUGCUGCGACUUCCUGUCUUUUGUGAAGCGUGUGGCCACUGAAGACAAUCACAAGGUAGUGUACCUGUUCUCCUGGGAGCCCCGCAGAGAUGUGUCCUUCUCCGUCCACAAUGACUCCCGGUAUUCCUUCCUGCCACACUGGUACAUCGAGGAGAUGACCAGUAGUCAACCAUGAUGUAAAACAUGAUGACCCUCAAAUUGAUGGCUGUUUACAUCAAAAUAUUGAUCAUUAAAUCAGUCGCUGUAAAUAAAACAACUUUAUUUUCCUCAAUGUUUUUAUUUUUUUUUAGUUGAACAAUAAUUUAGAUCUCAAAACAAUGUUAAUUAAAAAGUCAUGUUAAAACACUAUGUAAAUAAGAAGGCAUUGAUCAGUUUAAAACAAAUGUUAUGUAAACAUGUCAAGUCAAUUUUAGUUAAAGCAAAUAAAACAGUAAGGGACA